AUGGAAUUUCUUGUUAAUAAUGGUGCUGAUGUUAAUGCUCAUAGUGAUGACGGGGAAACUCCACUCAUCAGAGCUACGAAGUUCUGCAGAAAAUCUGUUGUUGAAUUUCUGAUUACUCAUGGUGCAAAAGUUAAUGAAGCUGAUAAGAAUGGAAAUAUUCCAUUGCAUUUUGCCUUCCAAUGCUGCAACAAAGAAACUGCAAUGCUUUUAUUAUCGAAUGGAGCUGAUGUCAAUAAAACAGAUAAAGAUGGAACAACAUGUCUCCAUCUUGCAUUGAGAAAUAACAAUAAUAUUGUUCAAACAGUUGAACAGCACAACGAUGAAGUUAUUUCUAAAGAAGAGUUUGAUGCUGCGGAAGGAAUAAUUAAGGAAUUCGUUGAAUUACUAAUCUCAUAUAGCGCUAAUGUAAAUGCAGCUGAAAAUGACAGUGAAACACCAUUGCAUAUCGCUUCUAGAUUCAACUUCAAGCAGUUAGUUGAGUUACUUAUUUCUUAUGGAGCUGAUGUCAAUGCAGAAUAUAAGGAUAAAAGAACUUCCUUGCAUCUUGCCGCAUCGAACAAUCUCAGAGAUGUUGCAGAUAUUUUAAUUAACCAUGGUGCAAAUAUUAAUGCAAUUGACGCUCGCGGAAAGACAACACUCCAUUAUGCUGUUUGGUUUGAUAGCAAAGAAACAGUUGAGUUGUUGAUUUCCAAAGGAGCAGAUGUGAAUGCAAAGAAUGAAAAAGGAAAGGCUUUAUUGCAUUAUGCAGCCACAAACAAUCUCAAAGAUAUGGCUGAGUUACUUAUUUCACAUGGAGCAGAUGUAAAUGUUGAGGAUGAAAAUGGAAAUAAUCCACUUCAUUACGCUUCUGCAAACAGCAAAGAAACAGCAGAAGUUCUCAUUUUACAUGGUGCAAAUGUGAAUGCAGUUGAAAAACGCGGAAAGACAUCCCUUCAUUAUGCGGCCAUGAACGGCAACCAAGAAAUGGUUGAACUGCUUCUCUCCAAUAAUGUUGACAUUAAUGCUAAGGAUGAGCACGGAAAAACGCCAUUAGACGCAGCAUUAGCAACCAAUCAAGUCGAUUUGGCCAAAGUCCUUCGUUCUCAUGGAGGAAAAAGGUCAAAAGAACUAUAA